AUGGCGCCGCCCAGCGCUCAGUACCGCGUGCCAGCCGCGCCGCCGCCGAUCCUGGACGAGGACCUCGCGGAUAUUCUGAGUCGCGACAUCCACUGGGAGACUUACCUGACUGCCCGCUUGAUCAGCGACCGCGAUGUGCAGCUGCUGCGGCGCUACGACAAACGGUCGGAGGAGCUGCAGUCGUCGCUGCUGGACGAGAACGGUCCCAUGUAUGUGGACGCAUUUCUGUCGGUCCUGCGGAACGUGACCAAGGAGGAGACAGUGCAGUACGUUCUGGCGCUGCUGGCGCAGAUGCUGGCAGCCAACCCGGCUCGCGCCCAGCUCUUCCACCAGCUGCCAGAGGGCCACUCGGCGGACCCAUACACGGUCUUCCUAAGGCUGCUGCAGCGCCAGGACUGGUUCACCCAGGACAAGGCCUGCCGCGUGCUGUCGCAGAUCAUCGCCGCGCGCCCGCCGCGCCCGUUCGGCGCCCCAUCUGCGGGCGGCGCGGCGCGCGGCAGCGAGGGCGGCGGCGGCGUGGCGGCGGAGCCUUCCGAGGUGGCCGUCGCGGCGCUGGUGGACUGGCUCUGCGGCCAGCUGCGGCGCCCCACCAACCCCACAAAGUCCGUGCCCUGCGCCGCCGCCGCGCUGGCGACGGCGCUGCGGGAGAAGUCGGCCCGGGUUCUCUUCACGCGCGGGGGCGGCGUGCAGCUGCUGAGCCCGCUGCUGCGCAGCUGCAACACACCGGCCAACAGCCAGCUGCUCUAUGAGAUCUGCCUCUGCCUGUGGCAGCUGUCCUAUCACAAGCCGGCCGCCGAGGCCAUGGCGGGAUCAGGCGCCGUGAAGGGCCUGGUGGAUGUGGUCAAGGGGGCCCAGAAGGAGAAGGUGGUGCGGGUGGGGCUGCUUGCCCUCAGGAACCUCCUGGAGGACGAGAGCCUGGGCCUGGCUCCUGACAUGGUGGAGGCUGGACUGCAGAAGGUCGUGGCGCAGCGCGGCCUCCAGUCUUGGGGCGAUGAGGACAUCCCCGCCAUUCUUGAUUACCUGUCAGAGGGUCUCAAGAAGGGCGUCACGGUCAUGAGCAGCUUUGACAAGUACAAGAAGGAGGUGAUGAGUGGCAUGCUUGACUGGACCCCCAGCCACACCAGCGACCUGUUCUGGCGCCAAAACAUCGACAAGUUCGAGGAGAAGGACUUCCAGGUGAUCUGA